GCAGGACCAAGCCGGUGAGAAGAACCUCAGUCCACUCAGAACGCAGGACCUGGUCCUACCGCAAUGCAAUUCACCCUGUGUACCUGUCUCCUCUGGCUCUCAACCAGUGGCCUCUGGACCAUCCAGGCUCAGGACCCCAGUGCCACUGUGAGCACCAACGGCCCUCACCGGGACCUAGCUCCAACCAAUGUUGACUUUGCCUUCAACCUGUAUCAGCGCCUCGUGGCCUCCACUCCUGAUAAAAAUGUCUUCAUCUCUCCUGUGAGCAUCUCCAUGACGCUGGCUAUGCUGUCUCUGGGGGCAUCUGGCCACACACAGACCCAGCUCCUCCAGGGUCUGGGCUUCAACCUCACCCAGACAUCAAAAACUGAGAUCCAUCAGGGUUUCCAGCACCUCCAUCGCCUCCUCGGAGAGUCAGACACUGGGUUGGACAUGACCAUGGGUAACGCCUUAUUCUUUGACCAGAGCCGCCUGGAACUACUGGAAAAGUUCUCAGCUGACAUCAAACACUACUAUGAGUCAGAGGCUUUGGCCACAGACUUCAAAGACUGGGACGGAGCCAGCAGAAAGAUCAACAAGUAUGUGGAGAAUAAGACCAAGGGGAAAAUUAAGAACAUAUUGUCAGACCUGGGUAGCCCUGCCUCCCUCAUCCUGGUUGACUACGUCUUCUUCAAAGGCAUAUGGUCAUAUGCUUUUGACCCAGAAAAUAUCAGAGAUAUGGACUUCCAUGUGAGCGACACGGUCACAGUGAGGGUCCCUAUGAUGUUCCAGACAAGCACCAUCAAUUACCUCCACGACACGGAGCUCCCCUGUCGGCUGGUACAGCUGGACUACGUGGGCAAUGGGACUGUCUUCUUGGUCCUUCCAGAGCCGGGACACAUAGACACAGUCAUCGCUGGGCUAAGCCGGGACACGGUUGAGAGAUGGGCCAAGUCCAUGACCUAUCAUCUCGUGAAUGUGUACAUCCCAAAGAUGUCUAUCUCCGGCACCUACGACAUGGGUGGAGUGCUGGCGGAAAUGGGCAUCCCAGAUCUGUUCACUAACCAGACGAAUUUCUCUGGGAUCACUCAGGUGGCUCCACUGGAAAGAUCAAAGGUGAUCCACAAGGCUGUGCUGCACCUCAAGGAGAAAGGACUGAAGCUUCCUGUCCCCAAGAAGGUCACUAAAAACCUGGCCACUAAGUCUCCCACCUUCAUCCUCAACCAUCCCUUCCUCAUCCUGGUCUUCGAUGAUUUCACGUGGAGCAGCCUGCUCCUGGGCAAAAUUAUGAACCCCAUCUGACAAC